AAAUUGCUUGCUGGCAGAUAUGAUUACUUCAUCUACCAAAAAGCAACACAAGGUGUUAUUCAGAAGAUUUGACUCUAUCACCUUAAGACUGAUGGCGAAUUGGUUGCAAAUAGGGCUUUAUGGACAGUUAACGGCCCUCAGUGGUAUGCACCUGUUUAUGUUAUACAAAGCUGUACAAACGAUAAUAGAAAUGUCUCCAAUAGACGCACUAACAGGUAAUGCAAAGAACACCAUAGCAGAGGAGAAGUUACUGAAAAUGAGGAUUGAACAUCAGCCGCUUACAUUGCAAAUAGACUUGAAUGGAAAUAGUGACGAGCAUUAUCCUGUAAGGGUUCUCGACUGUGAUACAAUAUCACAAGUGAAACUAAAAUGCUGUGCACAAAUUUAUAAGAAUAAACCAGCUUCAGAAAGACCACGGAAUGAUGAACUUACUUUAGAAUGGCAAGAAGGGAGCGCAGGAAAACUUAUACUUGAUGAUAUUGAUAACAUCAGUGAAACAGGCAAUGGAUUGGUGCGCCUAAAUACAUUGAAACAUUAUAUGGUCAGAGACAACUGUAAAAUGGCACUAAUGUACAACCAUCAUGACGAACAGGAGCUUUAUGUUAACUCUGCUACCUUCCGAACAGAAAGUAUGGCGUCAGAGGAUAUUACGUUACUGAUGCCGGAUAGAAAUGAACAGGAAAAUGUUGAAAUUCAAAAAUGGCACCUAUAUACACCAUGA